AUGUCGAGAAGAUACGAUUCCCGAACAACCAUCUUCUCGCCCGACGGCCGUCUGUACCAAGUCGAAUAUGCGCUAGAAGCCAUCUCCCAUGCCGGCACGGCUAUCGGCAUCCUGGCCAAGGAUGGUAUCGUCCUGGCUGCGGAGCGCAAGGUCACGUCAAAGCUGCUCGAGCAGGACACAUCAGCCGAGAAGCUCUACAUUCUGAAUGACAACAUGAUCUGCGCCGUCGCCGGCAUGACGGCCGACGCCAACAUCCUGAUCAACUACGCCCGGCAAGCCGCCCAACGGUACCUGCUGACGUACAACGAAGACAUCCCCUGCGAGCAGCUGGUGCGCCGGCUCUGCGACCUGAAGCAAGGCUAUACACAACACGGUGGUCUGCGGCCGUUUGGUGUUUCAUUCAUCUACGCCGGCUGGGACCCACAGCGCCAGUUCCAGCUCUACCUCAGCAACCCUUCGGGCAACUACGGCGGGUGGAAGGCUACGAGCUCGGGUGCCAACCACGCGAGCGCGCAGAGCUUGCUCAAGCAGGACUAUAAGGAGGACUGUACGCUGAAGGAGGCGUGCGGCAUGGCGGUUAAGGUGCUGAGCAAGACGAUGGACUCGACCAAGCUGAGCAGCGAGAAGAUCGAAUUUGCGACGGUGGGCCAGACCAAGGACGGCAAGAUCUACCACAAGCUAUGGAGCGCGGAAGAGAUCACGGCGUUAUUGAAGGAGCACGAUUUGGCCAAGGAUGAGACAGCCGAAGAAAAGUAG